UGAUUUUGCAAUUUGGAUCUUUAGUGUAGUAGCAGCAUUAUUGCUAUUUGAUCCGGGUGUUUUCGAUUGAAUUUGGGGUUCUCUUUGAGGAUUGAAUUGAAGUUUUCUCCUUCAUCGUAAGGAUUUUAAAUUUAAUGGUUGCCAUGCUAUGCCUUGUAGAGGAGUGAUACGGAUGGAACAUUGUAAUUUAGAUUAUACUUCAUUCUAUGAAUUUCUAUGUUUCUAAGUCAGUUGAUCAUGAUUAAACCGAUUAAAUAGGAAUGCGGAUUGGUUAUCGCAUGAGGAUUGAGUCGGUUUGUUGAUGCACUUCAUUUUCCGGUGGUUUUUGUUGAGCUCCUUCGAUUUUGAGUUAUCAUUGCAAAAACUGGUUAAUUGUUUUCAGUCAAUUUAGGUUAAAAUAGAGAGUAUUGAAUGAUUUUUCUUAUUCUAAGUUUAUAUGAUUGGGGAUUUUUGCUUGAAGUGAUGAUCAUUCUGAUUUGGUAUUGGUAUUUUAUUUUUUAUUCUGAUAUCAUAGAGUAGGAAAAGUAUGGAUUGUGUGGAAAGCUUUACAAAUGUGGAUUGCUCAAAAAUGGAGACGGAUUCCCUUCUGAAGUCUCUUGACCAAUCUCUGAUACCUGGAAUUCCAGAUGAUGUUGCACUUUCUUGCUUGGCAAGAGUUCCUCGAAAGUAUCAUCCGGUUCUCACCUGUGUUUCGAAAAGUUGGAGGUAUUUGGUCGGCAGUGAAGAGUGGUUUUGGUACAGGCUGAAUCAUCACCUGGAAGAGACAUGGAUUUAUUCUCUCUGCAGAGACAAGUCAGAGCAACUUUGCAUGUAUGCUUUAGACCCCAAUCAAUUUAGAAGAGGUUGGAGGCAAAUUCAUGGCCCUCCAGGUAGCUUCCUGAGGAGGAAAGGUGUUGGGUUUGAAGUAUUGGGAAAGAAAAUUUACUUGUUUGGAGGUUGUGGUUGGAUUGAGGAUGCCACCGACGAAGUCUACUCUUAUGAUGCUUCCACAAACACAUGGGCUAGAGGCGCUCCCUUACCCACUGCUAGGUGCUUUUUUGCACAUGAAACACUAGAUGGGAAAAUCUAUGCUAUUGGUGGGCUCGGAUCGGAAUCAAGCGAUCAGCAUUCCUGGGAUAUAUAUGAUAGCCAGACGAGUUCUUGGAGUUCUCAUGUGGAUAUAAAUGUCAUACCAGACAUUGAAGACUCAGCUGUCAUGGAUGGCAAGAUUUACGUACGAGCUCAUAUCUCAGCUUCGUCAUCCCAAUUGAAUGCUGCUGUAUAUGAUCCCUCCAGUUGGACAUGGCAACAGGCUGAUAGUGAUGUGGCAUGUUGGUGUGGUCCUAUAGUUGUGGUAGAUGGUAUCUUAUACAUACUAGACCAAAACUCGGGAGUGAGAUUGAUGAUGUGGCAGAAGGAUACGAGAGUGUGGAUUGGUCUACGGAGAUUCUCCGAGCACCUUGUACACACCCCCUGCCGACUCGUGGCAGUCGGGAAGAAGAUGUUUGUUGUUGGGAGAGGACUCAAUACUGUGAUGUUUGAUGUUGAGAGUGCAAGCUGUGUAGAUGGUGUGCUAGUGAGUUCUUCUGUCUUGAAACUUGAUUGCGUUGAUGAAGUGAUAAGUUGUAAGUCAUUGGCAAUUUGAGUUUCUUCCCAUAGCCAAAUAAAUUCUUGCUUCAAUACGUGGACUGUAUACAGAUCAAUUUCCACUGCCCCCUUCCUCGGCUCCAGCACGACAAAGAAACUUGAGCCAGACUGGGCAAUAUGACCGGCUAGACUGAUAAUGGGUGGUGAGACCGGUUCAGGUCUAUGUGAGUGAGAUUGGAUUCAUACGAAUUGGAAGAACCAGCAAUUGAAAUAGAAAAUUUUAAUGGAGUUCUAAAUAACUCUAUAUAUGCUAAACUUUUUUUCAGUUUAAUUGAAAACAAAACUAAAAUUCCGUAACAAGAUGAAAGCAGAGUAGAGUAAUAAAGGUUCAGUUUUGUUCCA